GAAGUGCGCCAACCGUAAAAUUAUUUCCAGAAACAUGGCGGCACCUGUCGGCAACAGUUCAGGGUGUUGGGGAGUCCCAGAGGUUUAUAAACACCACGAACAGCGAAAGGUGUGCAUUUCGAGGCCGAAAUACAGGGAGGGAAGGAAGGCGAAAGCGGUUAAGGUUUACACCAUCAACUUAGAGUCCCGCUACCUGAUGGUCCAAGGGGUCCCAGCCAUCGGAGUGAUGACAGAGCUGAUCCAGCUGUGUGCCCUGUACGGAGUUGUGGAGGAGUACAGGCCCCUGGAUGAGUACCCUGCUGAGGAAUUCACGGAGGUCUACCUUGUCAAGUUUCAGAAACUCACAAGUGCCAGGGCAGCCAAACGACACAUGGACGAAAAGAGUUUUUAUGGCGGUGUGCUGCAUGUGUGCUACGUCCCAGAAUAUGAGACUGUGGAAGACACCAGGCUAAAACUGCAAGACCGGAGGAGAUAUGUAAUCAGGGCUGCUCAGAAUAAAGUGAGAGAAAGGGAACAGAAGGAGGCAGAAACCAAAGAGCCCACAACAUCAAACACAGCCACCACAUCAGAGGACAUCAUCUCCAGACAUGAUCAAAUGCCUAAAAAUGAUAACACAGCGGAGACUGCAAACAUCAGCCAUUAUUCAGGCUUUCCUUUACUACCAUUACCUCCACAGGAAAGUCGUUGCUACAGACAUAAAAAUCAAAUGGGAUUAUACCAACAGAAGGACAAAAUGGGGACAUUGCAUAAUGCCAUAAAUGAAACAAAACAGCUGCCAGUGCAAAGUUUAAGCUUCAGUCAAACCUCUUCAGGCAAAGACAGAGGCUUAGACCACAAACAGACACAGAAUCCGUCUUCUGCUGUCAGAUUUGUCCCCAGGACCACACACUUGGAGAACAGGAAACGAAAAAUGGAGGAGGCUGCUAAGCACUCACUGACUGAUGUUUCUGAAAAAAAUGAGACUUUGAUUGGGCCAAAGUUACCUGAACCACCUAAACUGGACAUGGAGGAUGAAUCACUGAACACAACUGUCAGCCUAAUCAGGAACACAAUGAAACAGGUGGCCUCAGUUCCUGACGUUAAACCAGUGGAGAAAAAGGUGAAACCACGUCGUCGGAUUUGAUCACACCAGCUCAGUUUCUUGUGGCAAUUUGUUUUUAUUUACAUAUUUUGUAUCACAAUGCAAACAUCUAUAACUUUUUGUAUUAAAGAAGACACAGCUGAAAAUGCACUUAAAUGUUAUUUC